CUCUGCUGAGCACUGCAUGACUGAGGAAGAAGGGGGAGAGCUAGAGGGGGUUACAAUACACUGUAGGGCAGUGAUUCUGCUCUUUUUCCAGUGUUUGGCUCAGAGAUGCUGUUCUGGGAAAGUUUAGAAGGGACUUGGUGGGUUUAGUUCUAAUGGGGAAGUGGGGGCCUGGCCAGGGUGGUAAUGAAUUAACUGGGUUUCUUCCCAGCAUGGCAGCGUCAUAGAAUCAUCUGUCUGCAGGGAGAGAGCCUGGGGGGAAUCGAGGCGUGACAUGGACUCCAGCCCCUUAUGAAACCUCCCCAAUCUUCCUGCUCCGCUGACAGGCUGAGAAAUCGCUUCCACGUUUCGCUCCAGAUCGUCCCGUCUUCCAGGAGACAGGGCAGGGAAAUGGCUGUGCUGCAGCCAGCUCAGAUGCCGGUGACCUUCGAGGAUGUGGCUGUGUAUUUCACCCAGGGGCAGGGGGCUCUGCUGGACCCUGCUCAGAGAGCCCUCUACAGGAAUGUCAUGUGGGAGAUCUAUGAAACGGUGACCUCGUUGGGAUUCCCCAUUCCCAAACCUGACCUGAUCACUCAGCUAGAACAAGGGAAAGAGCCAUGGGUGCCCGAUCUUCAGGCCUGUGAGAAAAGAGAGAUCCCGAGAGGCGCCCAAACAGCAGGUUACGAGACAGUGAGUGAAAAAAAGGAUGGGAAUCAACAGCAGGAAGUUUCUGGGCAUAGGGAACCACAGGGGACCUUUGUGGGAAGAGCUGAAGGGAAUUUUUCCCAGUGCUCGGAACAGGGAGAAGCCUGGGAAAAUUGGCAGAGGUCAAAGAGUCUGCUGGGAAACCACUCAAGGGAGCAAAAGGAUGAAUUUGUUAUAUAUGGGGAAGGACACAGGAAUCCCACAGGCCGGCAGACAACCCCCAAGGAAGAGAAAUGCUAUGAAUAUCUUGGUUCUGUUACGCUUCAGGCAAUAAAUACUGGAGAGAAAACACUUCGAUGGUUGGACUGUGGGGAACACUUCAAUAAGUGCUCAGAUCUUGCUAACCAUGGGAGAAGCCAUGAGGGAGAGAGACCCUCUCAGUACCUUGAGGGCAGGAAUUGUUUGAAUUGGAAGUCAGCGCUGAUUACACAUCAGAAAAUCCACACAAGGGACAGACCACAUAAGUGCUUAGACUGUGGAAAAAGUUUCACAUGGAGAUCAGCCCUUGUUAGACAUCAGGCAAUCCACACCGGAGAGAGACCCCAUAAGUGCUUGGACUGUGGGAAAAGUUUCAUACAGAGGUCAAACCUUGUUAAUCAUCAGGCAAUCCACACCGGAGAGAGACCCCAUAAGUGCUUAGACUGUGGGAAAAGUUUCAUACAGAGGUCAGCCCUUUUUAAACAUCAGGCAAUUCACACUGGAGAGAGACCCCAUAAGUGCUUGGACUGUGGGAAAAGUUUCAUACAGAGGUCAGCCCUUUUUAAACAUCAGGCAAUUCACACUGGAGAGAGACCCCAUAAGUGCUUGGACUGUGGGAAAAGUUUCAUACAGAGGUCAGGCCUUGUUAGACAUCAGGCAAUCCACCCCAGAGAGAGACCCCAUAAGUCCUUGGAUGGUGGGGAAACUUUCAUACGGAGGUCAGCCUUUGUUAAACAUCAGGCAAUCCACACAGGAGAGAGACCUCACAAGUGCUUAGACUGUGGGAGAAGUUUCAUACAGAAGUCAGGCCUUCUAAUACAUCAGGCGAUCCACACUGGAGAGAGACCCCAUAAGUGCUUGGACUGUGGGAAAAGUUUCAAACGGAGGUCAGUCCUUGUUAGACAUCAGGCAAUCCACCCCAGAGAGAGACCCCAUAAGUGCUUGGACUGUGGGAAAAAUUUCAAACGGAGGUCUGCCCUUGUUAGACAUCUGGCAAUCCACACCGAAGAGGGACCCCAUAAAUGCUUGGACUGUGGGAAAAGUUUCAUACGGAGGUCAAACCUUGUUAAUCAUCAGGCAAUCCACACAGGAGAGAGACCCCACAAGUGCUUGGACUGUGGGAAAAGUUUCAUACAGAAGUCAGGCCUUCUAAUACAUCAGGCAGUCCACACCGGAGAGAGACCGCACAAGUGCCUAGACUGUGAGAAAAGUUUCUUAUAUAGGUCAGCCCUUGUUAAUCAUCAGAGAAUCCACACAAGAGAGAGACCCCACAAGUGCUUGGACUGUGGGAAAAGUUUCAUACAGAGGUCAGCCCUUGCUAAUCAUCGGGCAAUCCACACAGGAGAGACACCCCAUAAAUGCUUGGACUGUGGGAAAAGUUUCAUAUUGAAGUCAUCCCUUGUGAAACAUCAAACAGUCCACACCGGAGAGAGACCACACAAGUGCUUAGACUGUGGAAAAAAUUUCCUAUAUAGGUCAGCCCUUGUUAAUCAUCAGGCAAUUCACACAGGAGAGAGACCCCAUAAGUGCUUGGACUGUGGGAAAAGUUUUAUACAGAGGUCAGACCUUGUUAAACAUCAGACAAUCCACACAGGAGAGACACCCCAUAAGUGCUUGGACUGUGGGAAAAGUUUCAGACAAAGGCCAAACCUUCUUAAUCAUCAGGCAAUCCACACAGGAGAGAACCCCCAUAAGUGCUUGGACUGUGGGAAAAGUUUCAUAUGGAAGUCAGCCCUGGUUACACAUCAGAGAAUUCACACAGGAGAGAGACCCCAUAAGUGCUUGGACUGUGGGAAAAGUUUCAUACAGAGGUCACACCUUCAUAAACAUCAGAGAAUACACACUGGAGAGAGACCCCAUAAGUGCUUAGACUGUGGAAGAAGUUUCCUACAGAGAUCACAACUUCUUAUGCAUCAGGCAAUCGACAAUGGAGAGGGACAUAAGUGCUUAGACUGUGGGAAAAGUUUUAUAUGGAAAUCAGCCCUGGUUACACAUCAGAGAAUCCACACAGGAGAGAGACCCCAUAAGUGCUUGGAUUGUGGGAAAAGUUUCAUACAGAGGUCCGACCUUGUUAAACAUCAGGCAAUCCACACGGGAGAGUGACCCCACAAGUGCUUGGACUGUGGGAAAAGUUUCAUAUGGAGGUCAGUCCUUGUUAAACCUCAAGCAAUCCAUAGAAGAGGGAGACCAUAAGACUCUGGGAAAGGUUUCAGAAACAGAUCAGCCCUUCUAAACAUCAGGCAAUCCACGCACAAGAGAGACCCCCCCGUAAGUGCAUAAACUAUGGAAAAAUGUUUCAAAUAGAUGUCAUCCCUUGUUUUACAUCAGAGAAUCCACACAGAGAAGUGACCCCAUAACUGUUUAGCCUGUGAAAGAUGUUUUAAAUGGAGGUCAAAAUUUAUUCCAAAUCAGGCAAUACACACAGGAGAGUGACCCCAUAACUGGUUGGACCAUGUGAAAAGUUUCACAGAAAGAUCAAAUCUUAUAACACUCAGAGGAUCCACACAGGUGAGAGAUCCCAUCAGAGCUCAGACUGGAAAAAGUCUCCUACAUAGAUCAUACUUUUUUAAAAAUCAGCUAAUCCACACGGGAGAGAUCUCAUAAGUGCUUAGGCUGUGGGGAAAGUUUUAUAUGGAGCUCAGGCCAUGUUUUACAUCAGAGAAUCCACACAGGAGACACCAUAAAUGCUCAGACUAUGGAGAAUGUUUCAUACCAUGGUCAAGUGCUUGGACCGUGGGAAAGGUUUUAGAAACACUUCAGACCUACUGAACAUCAGCCAAUCCACACAGGAGAGAGAUCCCAUAACUGUUUAGACUGCAGAAAAAGUUUCAUAUGGAGGUCAGACCUUGCUAAAAAUCAGGCAGUCCACACCGAAGAGAGACCCCAUAAGUGCUUAGACUGUAGGAAACAUAGCAGAAACUGAUCAGUCUUUGUUUUACAUCAGGGAAUCCACAAGACGCCGUAAGUGCUUGGACUGUGGCAAAAGUUGUACACAGAGAUCACACCUCAUUAAACAUUGGAGAAUUCACACACGAUCUAAACUUCUGUGACACGUGGCCCGAAAGAGUUAAGAACCUUGCAGGCUAAUUGACCAGCUUCAACUUUUAGAAACUGGUUACACAUCAGAGAAUUCACACAGGAGAGAGACCCCAUAAGUGCUUGGACUGUGGGAAAAGUUUGUAAAUGGUAUCUGGGGCCAUUCCAAGAAAUAGAGAUUAGAACUUUGAAAUGUAAACUGGUGUUUUUAAAAAAAUUGGAAGAAGUUGAUUAAUUGCAGUUAACUCGCGUGAUUAAAUCAAAAAAAUUCAUUGUGGUUAGAAAAAUUAAUCUCGAUGAAUCACAUUGUUAAACAGUAGAAUACAAAUAGAAAUUUGUUAAAUGUUUUUGGAUGUUUUUCUACGUUUUCAGAUAUAUUGAUUUCUAUCACAACAAAGAAGAGAAAGUGUA